UGAAUGAUACGAAAAGGAAGCGCUUCUAUUGGCUGAAUGCUGUCAUCUGAGCGAGGAUGAUCCGCCACUCCGAGAAAACCUGUCCGAGGGCUUCCUUCCGUUCAGUUGCGGCAGCGUCGCCCUCAGAGAGAGGUAUUUCUGCUGCUUGUGGUCCAAGAUGAGGUGUUUCCAGUUCCUCCUUGCUCUGUGCGUCGCCUCGUCCUUCGAGAUUCAAGAAGGAUGUAGAGUGCGAGAACGCAUAGAGGAGGAAGACUUCUUGUUUGACUCGUUGGACUUCUUGGCCGCCUUCCCUCGCAAUCAGAUGGAUCUGAAAGUACUGGUGCAGUGCGGCGAGAGAAGUGAUCUCAUCCACAUCCGUUCACAUGGCAUAUCAUGGACCAAGAAACAGAAGGGAAAGGAAACGGUAGAGGUUGCUGGCAUUCCUCCCCCAUAUAACAUCACAGGCUGGGAAAGGUUCACCCUCUCCUUGAAGGACAAAUUAUCCCUCAAGGACAAGCAGAACCACUCGUGGGCGCCAUUCGACAUUCCCCUUUCGUGCCACUCACUGGAGAUCUCCAUCAUAGGCAAGCACCUCACCCGCCAGUGCUCGCCCCAAACGCCCAUGUGGGUGGUCCAGGGAAAGAAGGUCGACAUUCCUCUGAACGAAGGAAUCGAGGGAGUAAGAGAGGCCCUCACGCUCUUCUCUGUGCUGCCCUUCAGCCCUACAUUCAAUAUCUGCGACGCGAGCUUCCCUUUAGGACUCCGUGACCAAAAGCUGGUGACAGGAUCCAGGCCCUUGGAAGGCUCUGCAUACAGCCUUUUCCUCAGUGUACUCCCUGACAACACGUUGAAGGUGGAGAGUGUGAGAGAGCUGUUGGUUUCGAACCUUAAGGCGACGCCCACGAGCAUGGGGAUUCGAGGCCGCGACGGAGACAGGUUCGUGGUGGUGCAACACCUUGUGUCUGGACGCGGCGCCGAUGAGACUGAGGACCCGAGGCAACCCGAUGCGAACGCCCGAGAGAAGGGAGACCUGUGCCAGAAACCAGAUGUCAUCACUUGGACUCUCGCUGGCAUUUUGGCCACUAUGAUUGUCGCCUUUCUCGUCCUUCUCAUUAUUCAUUAUUUAUCCACAAGGACCAACAAGCUUGGGAAUCCAACGUCCAUUCAAACAACGCGCAACACCGCACAGCCCGAGGCAACACCAGUUCUAGUACCCGCCCGUGCGCCGGGCCCUCCGCCCGUCCCUGGCCCUCUGGCUGGCUCUCCUGUCCCCUCAACGCUGCCAAACCUGUGCCACCUUGGCCAUCGGGCUCCACCUGAUCAUCUCUCCCGAAAAUCGCCAGCUGCCACCGCUCAUCUGACCUCACAGACGCCCUCUGGGAUCAACUUCCCAGGACCCUCUUGGCUUCCCCCGGCACUUGCCGCUGGCCCUGGAGUGUGUGACCAGCGCGGCCUCGAGGGUGACGACGAACAGGGUGUGUACUUCGAGAUGGAUCUCCGUGCCAGCACGCUCCCGCCGCCGAGAUCAUAUGGUAGGGCGGUUGAAAAUCAUGUCCUUGCAUAUCUUCAUAUUUUUUACUGUGUACAUUUAGUAUUUAAUUAAUACUCGACAUCAGCCGUAAUUCAAUGCCUAUUACACAGCUUUUACUUUACAGCUCUUUGAACGCCAAAUAUCAUUGCGCGUUUUUCGGUCUCACAAACUAUUUUACAUAAGACAGGAUAACAUCCCUUUUACAGAUAACAUUAACGGAAGGCAGCAUACCAAUACUUCUUCUCUCUCCCAGCGCUUCCUGAAUUCCAGUACGAGUGUGAAGAAACCAUCAACGACACGUACCAGAGUGCUGGUUAACCUGUAGAGCUAACCAGCUCAACAGGCUAGCAGUGGUCCCUGCUCUUAGUCCGUUAUUUCUUGCCUCAUUAAGUUAUUGCUUUUUUAUUAACGUCCAUACAUACAUUUACACCCUUAUAGAUAGAUAGAAAAAGAGAUAGGUAGAUUGAUAAUCCAUCCAUCCAUACACAACAUAAAUAAAAGAGGAGAUACGUGGAGAGAGAGAGAGAGAGCUAUUCACUGCGCCAUGUGUCGUGUAGAUAUUCACGGUGUUGAUUACGUUGCAUGAAGGAAGCGACUGUGGUAACCUUUUAGGUCCUAUCCUCCAAAAAGUUCCAUAUUCCGGGGAGGCCGACAGGCGAACGAAGCCGUGAUGCGUCUGAAGAAAAGCAAACAGACUGAUAAGCAAAUGUCUGUGUGUGCUUGUAUGUAUGUGUCUGUGUGCGCGCGUACAUAUAUACAUAGAUAGUUAGAUACAGAGAUAGAAACAUACAUAAAG